AUGUCUGACAACGCAUCAUCCUCAGGGGCAGGGUUUUCAUGUUCCCGCUGUACCAAGACGUACAAGCGGCGAGAACACCUCCAGCGCCACGCUGCAUCCCACAGCAGCCUCCGACCCUACAGAUGUAACUUCUGUGGCCAAUCAUACCAACGAGCUGAUGUUCUCAAGCGACAUACCCAAGCCUGUCAGACCAAAGUUAGGAUCGGGGAGACAUCGGCUACAGCGUCUAGCAGCCGACGAGCAUGCGACCUCUGCGUUCAGCAGAAGAAAGCUUGUAGCACUGGCCAGCCAUGUGAACAUUGCCGCCGAAAGUCGGUCCAAUGCAUUUAUUCCUUCAAUGCUGGUGUAGCAACAGAAAACAACUUGGACAUGGGCCGGGACGACGAGCAAUAUAGUGGCGAAGACAACCUACCGACGGUGGUAUUCGGAGAUGACUCGUUAUUCGACUAUCUUGGCAACUACACUUCAGUUUCGGAUAUGCUCCAAGGAUCAGAUAACAAUCAAGACUGGUUAGACUUUAUCAACCUCGCCGCUGGGCAUUUUCAGACGAUACCGACCAAUCCCCAAACGCAUCUAGACAACUACACCUUUCACUUUCUCGACAAUUUCACCAGAAGAACUGGGUUGGUGGAUUCAUUUGACUGCGGGACAUUUGAACAGCGAGUGCAGGUUGAGGCAUCUCGCCCAGCAAGCGAAGGCCGGGGUAGCCUGACUGCUGGGUUAGGCGAACUUGAACACCCCAAUGGCUCGUCGACAAACCUUCCGCGACUGCAAACAUUAGAUCUCCACGACCCUCUCAUCAUUCAAACUCAUCAAAUACUUCUAGACAUCAAAGAGGUCGUAACCGUCAAACCUCGAAAUAGUGUUGUUGAGCUAGAAUGGUCGACUAUUCUAGAACAUACGUGUAUGCAGUUCUUUUCACCACACAAUUUACGGAAAUAUCUUGCCCUAUUCUGGCACAUAUGGCACCCAAACGUCAACUUUGUGCACCGGCCUACUUUUGACCCAGUCACCUCGAAGUCAAUCCUUGUGGCUUCCAUGGCCUUGAUAGGUGCAAGUGUAUCGCCUAGCAAGACUGAUAACGAACAAGCCAAGAUCUGGUUCAACUGUGUUGAAGAAAUUGUGUUUACUGAUGACGACUUUUGCAAUGACCCUCUGAACAACCAGGAUACCCUGUUACUGAAUCCGGUUGAGAACAUUUCAAAGAUCCAAGCCCUGCAGGCAGCAUACAUCGUUUGUCUCUACCAGGGUUGGGAGGGAACAGAGGCAAGCAAACGACGAAUCCGUCGAUACCGGUUCAGUACUGUCAUAUCUAUGGCAAGAGACUUUGGUAUUAUGUCUGCUAGACACCCUGAUUACUCUACGUCGCUAUAUGAUAGAUUCGAUUGGAAAGACUUCGCUGCACGAGAGCAACUUAUACGUAUCUUCCUCUGGAUAUAUCUUCUAGACCAUGCAUUCGUAAUCUUUAAUAACCUACCUCCGAGGAUGGUCAUCAAAGAAAUGAGCAUGCAUAUGGCAUUUCCUGAAGCAGCCUUCCAAGCCAGCACGCCAACAGAAUGCGCUCGAGAACUGCAAAGCUGGCACUUGCGAUCCACGCUGUUACGAAACAUAACCUUUCGUGAGGUUGUCGAGAGCUUUUGUGGAAGGCCUUUCUCGAAUGAUAUGCGACGACUCUUCGCUGAUCUUGGUCCCCUCAACCUUUUCGCAGUUGUGUCCGCCUUCCAUGCCCUGAUAUUUCAACACCAAAAUUCCUUUGGCGGCCAUGAUCAACUGCAGGCAGUUCGCAACGCUCUCGACAAUUGGAAGUCAGCUUGGGAAACGUAUUCGGAUGAAUUCUCAUUCUCGCCGCCACAUGUCAUGGUUGAUAGACAUAAUGUGGCAACGGAAAACCUCUGGAGGAGGGUAGGCUUUAUGCGCCAUUCUCCAGAAUAUUGGCUCCUGGGGAAACUGCUCGUUGAUCGCCUCUCAACAUCAAGUGAUUCGUUCGGAAGUCCCGAGUCUACGGUUCCUGAUGCGAGCGGUUCAGCACACGAACCGAUUCUUACGAGAUAUGAUCAAACGACCAAGCUAUCAAUCAAUAACCUUUUGUUACACCAGAACAACUUCAUUGUUGCUACUACCGCGCAUAAUGCAGUAACCCUACCUGGUCUAGCACUCAUUGCACCAUCCCUGGAUGGCAGCUUCGAACUAAAGGAAGUCUGUUUGGACUCUCUGCAACCCGAUGAAGCGCUGGUAGAGAUCCACGCCUCUGGUGUUUGUCAUACUGAUCUUGCUUGUGCAAGUGGUAAAUUGCCAUGCGCGCCGAAUGCUGUUCUUGGCCACGAAGGUGGAGGCGUAGUUCUUGAGAUAGGCUCAAAUGUCACUUCCGUCUCCCCAGGCGACAAAGUCCUUCUAUCGUUCUCAUCAUGUGGCUCAUGUCCUGGAUGCAAAUCAGACCAUCCAGCCUAUUGCUACAGCUUCAACGCUUACAACUUCGGUGGUAAACGCCCGGACGGCUCAGCUGCUAUGUCCAUCAUGAAAGAUGGGAAGAGGCAACCGGUUUACAGCACCUUCUUCGGCCAAAGCUCUUUUGCGGCGCGAACAAUUGUUCAUCGAUCGAGUAUUGUCAAGGUUCCUCAAGAAACACCACUGGACCUCUUUGCGCCAUUGGGUUGUGGCAUACAGACGGGCGUUGGUGCUGUCUUCAAUACUUUGGAUGUCAAGCCCGGCAGCUCUGUAGCAAUUUUUGGCGUGGGAUCUGUUGGCUUGGCUGCUGUAAUGGCUGCAAAGGCACGAAAGGCCAGCAGAAUCAUCGCAAUCGACCUGCAGCCAGAGCGACUAAAACUUGCCAAAGAAUUAGGUGCCACGGAUGGAGUGCUGGGUCCUGAUCAAGAGCACAUCAUCAAGUCGAUAAACAACAUCUGCCCACCUCUUGGCGUUGACUUUGCAGUUGACUGUACUGGCGUUCCCUCUAUCGUUGAAACUAUGGUCUCUGCCUUGGGAAUGAGGGGCAGGGCAGCUACAGUUGGUGCACCUGGAGGCAACGCAAAAGCCAAGAUAGAUAUCAUGAGUCAUCUUACGUACGGCAAGGAGUACGUGGGUUGUUCUGAGGGUGACAGCAAUCCUGGGGUCCUGAUUCCUGAGCUCAUCGAAAUGCAUGCCAAGGGCCUUCUCCCACUGGAACGAUUGAUAGCUUACUAUGAUAUCAAGGACUAUGAGAAGGCUAUGGCCGACAUGAAGAGUGGCAGUGUUAUUAAGCCAGUCUUGAAAUGGACUGGCUAG